AUGUCAGCUGUGAAGUUUGAACUGGAUUAUCUUUCUCCUGAAGGCUUCAGACAUGAGCAUGUUUCCAGCCCUGAUUUUACUCUAACCUGCUUGACUGAACUUUCUGAUGAUUCCAGUCAGUUGGAACUUCAGCACUCGAAUUCUGUCCCUACAGGAGUUGAAAGAUUGUGUUACCAUCAUAGACCACUAUGGAAAACAGUAUGGAGUCAGAAAGGGGAAUAUAAUAGCAGUAUGAACAUAAGCAAGAGUGAGAUAGCAAAAGAAACUUCAUUAAAACCAUCUCGGAGAUCCCUGCCUUGCCUGGCCCAGAGCUAUGCUUACUCAAAGAGCUUGAGCCAAUCUACCUCACUCUUCCAGUCAAUUGAGAGUGAAUCUCAGGCUCCCACUUCUGUAACUUCAAUCUCUGCUGACAAAGCAGAGCAAGUUAACACUGAGGAGGAGAGAAAAGACUCUGUGCUCAAAUGUUCUUUCGCUGAUCUCAGCGAUUUUUGCUUGGCCCUAGGAAAAGAUAAAGAUUACACGGAUGAAUCAGAACAUGCUAAUUAUGACCGAUCUCGCCUCAUUAAAGACUUUGUUCCCAAAAAUAAUUCUGAACCCAAGUCCAGAUUGCCUAAGAAUGACAUGAAUUACAUAGCAUCCAGUGGACUUCUAUUCAAAGAUGGCAAAAAGCGGAUUGAUUACAUCCUGGUUUAUAGAAAGGCAAAUAUACAAUAUGACAAAAGAAACACAUUUGAGAAGAACCUCAGAGCAGAAGGCUUGAUGUUAGAAAAGGAGCCAGCUGUUGCAAACCCUGAUAUCAUGUUUAUUAAAAUUCACAUUCCAUGGGACACGCUUUGCAAGUAUGCAGAGAGGCUGAAUAUCAGGAUGCCUUUCAGAAAAAAAUCCUAUUACGCUGACCGGAGGAGCAAAUCAAUGGGCAGGGUGCAAAAAUAUUUUAGAAGAAUCAAAAAAUGGAUGUCCCAAAACCCAAUGGUUCUCGACAAGUCAGCUUUCCCAGACCUGGAGGAAUCAGACUGCUAUACUGGCCCUUUCAGCCGUGCACGGAUUCACCACUUCAUAAUAAACAAUAAGGACACCUUCUUCAGCAAUGCUACUCGAAGCAGGAUAGUCUAUCACAUGCUGCAGCACACCAAAUAUGAAAAUGGAAUAUCAAAAGUGGGUAUCUGUAAACUUAUAAACAAUGGCUCCUAUAUAGCAGCUUUUCCCCCGCAUGAGGGAGCCUACAAGAGUAACCAGCCCAUCAAAACCCAUGGACCUCAGAAUAACAGACAUCUAUUAUAUGAGCGCUGGGCACGCUGGGGAAUGUGGUACAAGCAUCAGCCCCUGGAUUUAAUCAGGCUAUACUUUGGUGAGAAGAUCGGGCUAUACUUUGCUUGGCUGGGGUGGUAUACUGGAAUGCUGAUUCCUGCAGCCAUUGUUGGCUUGUGUGUUUUCUUCUAUGGAAUAUUAACAAUGAAUGCAAGUCAAGUAAGCCAAGAAAUUUGCAAGGCCACUGAAGUCUUCAUGUGCCCUCUCUGUGACAAGAACUGCUCACUGCAGAGACUCAAUGAAAGCUGCAUCUACGCCAAGGUGACAUAUCUGUUUGAUAAUGGAGGGACAGUCUUCUUUGCUAUUUUUAUGGCAAUAUGGGCCACAGUCUUCCUGGAGUUUUGGAAAAGGAGAAGAAGUACACUGACCUAUACUUGGGAUCUUAUUGAAUGGGAAGAAGAGGAGGAAACUCUUCGUCCCCAGUUUGAAGCAAAGUAUUACAAGAUGGAGAGAGUGAAUCCCAUCAGUGGAAAACCUGAGCCACAUCAGCCUUCCUCAGACAAAGUCUCUCGUCUUCUUGUUUCUAUCUCAGGAAUAUUCUUCAUGAUUUCUUUGGUGAUCACUGCAGUGUUUGCAGUUGUGGUGUAUCGCCUGGUUGUCAUGGAACAAUUCGCAUCAUUCAAGUGGAAUUUCAUCAAACAACACUGGCAGUUUGCAACUUCCGCUGCUGCAGUCUGUAUCAAUUUUGUAAUCAUUAUGGCACUGAAUCUUGCUUAUGAAAAAAUUGCUUACCUUCUCACUAAUUUAGAAUAUCCUCGAACAGAAUCUGAAUGGGAAAACAGCUUUGCUUUGAAGAUGUUCCUUUUCCAGUUUGUCAAUUUAAACAGUUCUAUCUUCUAUAUUGCUUUCUUUUUGGGGAGAUUCGUAGGCCAUCCAGGAAAGUACAAUAAACUUUUCAACCGGUGGAGACUGGAGGAAUGUCAUCCUAGUGGCUGUUUGAUAGACCUUUGCCUCCAGAUGGGAGUUAUCAUGUUUUUGAAGCAAAUAUGGAACAAUUUCAUGGAACUGGGAUACCCGUUGAUCCAGAACUGGUGGUCGCGACAUAAAAUCAAGCGGGGAAUACAAGAUGCUUCCAUACCUCAGUGGGAAAAUGAUUGGAAUCUGCAGCCCAUGAAUAUUCACGGACUAAUGGAUGAGUACUUAGAAAUGGUUUUGCAAUUUGGUUUUACCACCAUCUUUGUUGCGGCUUUUCCUCUGGCCCCUCUUUUGGCUUUGUUAAACAAUAUCAUUGAAAUCAGGCUGGAUGCAUACAAAUUUGUCACUCAGUGGCGGAGGCCUUUGCCAGCCCGAGCAACUGACAUAGGUAUCUGGUAUGGAAUUCUUGAAGGAAUUGGUAUAUUGGCUGUGAUCACCAACGCGUUUGUAAUUGCUAUUACAUCUGAUUACAUCCCGCGUUUUGUCUAUGAGUACAAAUAUGGCCCUUGUGCAAGUCAUUUUGGAUAUAGUGAAAGUUGUUUAACAGGAUAUGUCAACAAUAGCCUAUCCUUCUUUGACCUGAGUGAGCUUGGCAUGGGAAAAUCUGGCUAUUGCAGGUACCGAGAUUACAGAGGGCCUCCUUGGAGUUCCAAGCCCUAUGAAUUCACCCUACAAUACUGGCAUAUCCUCGCUGCUAGAUUGGCCUUCAUUAUUGUGUUUGAGCACCUUGUUUUUGGGAUCAAGUCAUUCAUCGCAUACCUGAUUCCAGAUGUACCAAAGAACCUAUAUGACCGAAUACGACGGGAGAAGUACUUAGUCCAAGAAAUGAUGUAUGAGGCUGAAUUAGAACAUUUGCAACAACAGCGGAGAAAAAGUGGUCAUCCUGUUCACCAUGAAUGGCCUUAGUUGAUACCUGUUGCCCAGCAGGGGCAAUACCAUUAGUGGGCAUGAUGGCAACUUCAAAUUCUAGGCGGGA